UCUGGAUAGACUAGUAUGUUAGAGGAGUUGUAGGGGUGUGAUGCCACAACCUGCUUAUAAAGGGGCGCACACAUUGAAGCUUUAAAGCAGUACAUAACGACUAAUUUCGCAGGCCAUUCACCACACACAGCCAGCCGUAGACAUGGAGUCGUUUAACGCGGUGGAGACGCUCCAGCCUGCCGAGAGAGCGCUCUUCUGGGUCGGUGCACUUAUCACGGCCUCGCUGGCGCUGUGGCUGAUGUACAAGAUCAUCACUGGCUUUAGGAUAUGGGUGCUGGGGAACGGGGAUCUACUCUCUCCCAAAUUGGGAAAAUGGGCAGUUGUGACGGGAGCCACGGAUGGGAUUGGGAAAUCCUAUGCGGAGGAGCUUGCUCGACGAGGAUUCUCCAUGAUGCUCAUCAGCCGUUCCCAGGAGAAGCUUGACGACGUGGCAAAGUCUCUCGAAAGCACAUAUAAAGUGGAAACAAAAACCAUCGCAGUGGACUACAGUCACGAUGAUAUCUAUCCUAAAAUCGAAAAGGGUCUCGCUGGACUGGAGAUUGGAGUCCUUGUGAACAAUGUGGGUAUCUCAUAUUCAUACCCUGAAUUCUUCCUCCACAUCCCUGAUUUGGAAAACUUCAUCACCACCAUGAUCAAUGUCAACAUCACCUCAGUGUGCCAAAUGACUCGUCUGGUGUUGCCCAGAAUGGAGGCAAGAGCUAAGGGUGUCAUCCUAAAUAUCUCCUCUGCCAUCCACCAAGGUCAACCGUCCACACCACUCACCAUCUACACCAGCCACCAAUCUUAUUUAUACAUCUUCUAACGUGGCCUUCAAUCAGAGUACAAUUUUACAUUGAAUUACGUCAAAUCUCUCUGUCCCUACCAGAGUGUGCUGCCUUUCUUUGUGGCUACCAAGAUGACGAAGAUCAGGAAGCCCACCCUGGACAAGCCCACCCCUGAACGCUACGUAGCUGCUGAACUGAACACUGUGGGACUGCAAGACCAGACCAACGGCUAUUUCCCUCACGCCGUCAUGGGCUGGGUGACCACUGUCCUGGCCCCCAUCAAGCUGGUCCUCUGCCUGGGUCUGCGCAUGAACAAGGCCCAGCGCGGCGGAUACCUCAGGAGGAGAAAGUUGCGAUAGUUUGAAGAUAUUGUGUGACGGAAUACGGUUUUACAGAACAUGUGCUGAGAUUUGAGAUUCACUGGAGUUAUUUUGAAUCUUUUUUGUGUGUUAAAUGUUGUGUGUUUUUGUACUCUUUGGAUAAAUAUCUGGAUAUGUUGACGUUCCACAAUGACUCAUUAUUAUUGACUUGUUGCUGGUUGCCAGAAAUGGAGACCAAUCUUCUUUAUAAGGUGAAAGAAGUGUGUUGGGAGGGUUUUGUGUCCACUGCUGUUGUAAGCAGAGGGUUAUUAAUAUGGUGAUGGUGUUUUAUAUUUAUUUAAUUACUAAUUAAUUAUGCAUUUUCUUUUUAUCUGGUACUAUCUGUUUGCACUCUUGUUAACUGCCAAUAACUAGUUUGCAUUUGUGCCUUAAACCUUCUGAUGAGUGAUUAAUGGGUGCUGGCCUUUCUUAUCAUUAUUUCGCAAAUCUAUGGUGAAUAUUUUUUUAAUCUUGUACUGUAUCAAUAUAAAAUCAAAGGUCUGAUUUAAAUUCAUUUUUGUACAUUGGCCUUUUCAGGCUGUAAGUUUACGUGUCAGAUUUGGUUUAUUUAAAACCUGUGCCUUUUUAUAGUAAUUUAAAACUUGGUCACAUUUAUUGAAAGGAGAUCUAAUGCUCGUUUACAUGAUUUUCUCCACUGAAGACUUAAAGGUGUGGUGGAACGUCACCCGUUUGUCUUGAGUUUCAUCCAAUGUGGAUUUGAGGAAUACCUCCAUAGCUUGGAUCUCUGUGUGAUUAUUUACGGACCAGUGCCAGUCAAGUUAAAACAUCCAGGUGGUUAAACCUCAUUAGUCGCCCCUGGUUUAAAACUUGAAUGUUAUCCUUCCAGACGUGUUGAAGAGUGGAACAAAACGUGCUGCUUCACUGAUGCGUGACAAUCUGAAAUCUUGUUUAAUAAAAAUGAUUUCUGUAUUGGUUUUUGUAUUUGCCUUUUUUAAAUAAAUUUUAUGACUGCUUAUA